CGAGGAGUCAUCAGUCGCUCUCGUACCACCGAAGCGACCCAUCGAAGAGAUGCCCGAGUUUAAAUUAGCAGCAAUUCUGCUGCUGUACUUUUCAGCGAUGGCUCACUGUGGCGGCAACGAUCCCGAAGUCGUCACCCCAUUGGGUCGAAUCAGGGGGUCGCUGAUGUCCACCAGGAACAACAGGACCAUCUACGCGUUCAGAGGAAUUAGGUACGGGAAGUCAACGGAAGGCCCGAGACGUUUCAAGCAAGCCGAGCCCGUCGACGACCCAUGGACGGACACUUUCGAUGCGUCCAAGGAAGGACCGACUUGUCCUCGAAUCGACGAUCCCGCGUCAAGUAGCGAAGACUGUCUGAGACUCAACGUUUACUCCAACUGCCUGCCAGGAUCGGCAUGUGGGAUAAAACGGCCGGUGAUAGUUUUUUUCCAUCCGGGGGCCUUUUAUAUUUUUUCAGCCCAGAGUAAAGCCUUUGGACCCCAGUACUUCCUUGAUCAGGACAUUGUUCUGGUUACCGUCGGUUACAGAAUUGCUACGUUAGGAAUGAUCUCGACUGGCGAUGCCAGAGCACCGGGCAAUCUCGGGCUCAAGGACCAAGUAGUGGCUCUACGUUGGGUACGAGAUAACAUUGCCCCCUUUGGUGGUGACCCGAACUCUGUGACUAUAGCUGGGCACAGCGCAGGAUCGUGGAGUUGCAUUUUGCACAUGAUGUCUCCAAUGUCCGUGGGUCUGUUUCAUCGCGUCAUCGCAAUGAGUGGAUCUCCAACGACACCCGAGCCCCUCCCGACAGAACAGAAACAUCUGGUCAUAAAACAGGCUAGCUUUGUUGGAUGUCCUACAGAUAGUCUCGACGUGGCGUUUGAGUGUUUGAAGACUGUGCCGUUCCAGAAGUUGGCCGAUUCUUUGCCAAAGUUUGCGGAAUGGUACGGUGAUCCAGUUUUGAUUUGGUCGCCAGUUGUGGAACCAAAAAUCCCAGGAGUCGAACGAUUCUUGACAGCUCAGCCGGUUGACCUCAUCCGCCAGGGGAAGUUCCAACAUGUUCCAGUGAUGAUAGGCAUUACUAAGGACGAAUUUUCCGGAGCUCCUCUUCCUGCAUUGGAGCGGGCAAUGAAAGGAGAUGAUUCGAUCUAUCGAAACAUCACUGCAAAUUGGGAACACGCGGCACCGAUUAGUUUUCAAUACGAGCGAGAGACCGAGCGUUCCAAGUACAUUAGCAAAGAGCUGAAAAAAUUCUAUCUGAACGAUGAACCACUUACCGUGAAAAAUGGCAAAAAACUUGGACUCAUCUACGCAGAUUCGUUAAUUGGCUGGCCAGCACAUAGGGGAGCAAUGCUGUUGGCGGAAUACUCGAAAACGCCGGUCUACAACUAUCAAUUUACCUUCCAAGGCAGGUACAGCUUUGCCAUGUGGAAAGAUACCAAGAAACCUUAUGGUGUUGUACAUCAUGACGAUCUCCAGUAUCUUUUCUACAUGUCGUCCAGAUUUCCAUUCUUCACCGAAGAUUUUCCUGAGACUUAUAUGGUGAAGGUGUUGACUUCGAUUUGGAAAAGCUUUGCUGAUUCCGAUCAACCAAUACCAAAGCAUAAUGAACUUUUCAAAGGUGUUUCGUGGACACCUCUGGACCCAAAAAAAGAAAAUUAUCUCGAUGUUGGAGAUGAACUAAAGAUGAAAAAUAAAAUGUUCCCGGAAAGGUAUGCGCUUUGGGACAGGCUAUUCCCGUUGAAACCGAUUUUGUCAACCACAGCGUAAAGAAAAUUUUUUAUUUUGAACAUUUUGGCAUGUAUGGGCUCUUAAUUGCACAUACAAACUUUAUGUUGAGUUUAUCUUUUCGUGUUAUUUUGUAGGUACUUUAUUGGUUGCUAAAACUUGAAAUAAACUAUAAUCAACGUAAA